UACUGACUAUCAAAUCUUAGUUCGGCAAACCAAAAUUUCGGGCGGAAUGGUACAGUUUCUUUCCUUUCUCGAAACAUCAUCGCCACAUUUGGGGGAUAUCGGAUCGGUUUCCGGCAGCAGCUUCGCCGUGAAACCCCGGCUACAUCUGGAAAGGGGGACAGGUCUCGAUCAACUUCGUCUGAUCAAUGGUGCUUUUAGAGGAGGUACUACUUUUAAUAGUGCACUACUCUCUUUUACUUUAUCCAUUCUCUAGCACAUCUUGACUCCC